UAUGCACCCCAGCUACCGCACAGCCACCUUCACUUCUCGACCUCUUCCUACCGCUGGUCCUAAACGAAAGAAGAGAGAAUGAAGAUCAAGAUAGAGAGUUCCAAACUCGUGAAGCCAAGCUACGAGUCCCCAACCCACCCUGCAACCGACGUCCUCAUCCCUCUCAGCCUCUUCGACGCCGUCACCUUCGACACCCACGUCGGCGGCCUCUACGUCUACCGGCCGCCCACCCCGCCGAACCGAGUGAUCGAGCAGGGCCUGCGCAAGGCCCUUGUAGAGUACAGGGAGUGGGCCGGCCGCUUCGUCUACGACGCCGACGACCGCCGCUGCAUCAUUCUCAACGACGAGGGUCUGCCCUUCGUCGAGGCCAGCUCGGAGUACCCCCUCGGCAGCAUCCUGGACGAGCCCUCGCCCCAUCACCUCGACCUGCACCCGUCCCUCGAUGCCCCCGACUUCCUAGCCCAGGUGCAGCUCACCCGGUUCGCUUGCGGCACCCUCGUGGUGGCCUUCACCAGCAACCACAUGGUCGCAGAUGGGUUGGCUACCAGCGGCUUCAUCGUUGCCUGGGGCCGAGCCACCCGCGGCCUCCCCAUGGACCCUCUUCCGCUGCACGACCGCUCCAUAUUCGUCCCCCGCGACCCUCCCCGCUUCCAGUUCCAGCACCGAGGGGUCGAGUACGUCGACCGCCGGGCCACCACCAAACACUCGGACCCCGAGGACACCAUAGUCGUUCACAAGGCACGCUUCCCCCAUGACUUUGUAGCGAAGCUCAAGUCCGAGGCCUCCGUUAACAGCCCUUAUACAAAGCCUUUUACGACCUUCGAGUGCGUUAUGGCUCACCUUUGGAGGAAGAUCACCAGCGCCAGAGGACUGAGCGGGAAGGAGACGACCAAGGUGAAGAUUGCGGUGAACGGGCGCAGCAGAGUGAGCAACCCGUCGGUGCCCAUGAGGUACUUCGGCAACGUGGUGCUGUGGGCUGUGCCGCAGUCCAGGGUGGAAGACCUGUUGGCCAAGCCGGUGGAUCAUGCAGCGGCGCUCAUUCACGAUGCCGUUGCUCGGGUGGACGACGACUACUUCAGGUCCUUCAUCGACUUCUCGAGCUCCAAGGAGAAGAUGGAAGGGCUGGUGCCGAGCGCGGACGAGGAGGAGAUGGUGCUGAGCCCGGACCUGGAGGUGGACUGCUGGCUGAAGUUCCCUUACUAUGGCUUGGACUUCGGUGCCGGGAGCCCUUACCUCUUCGUGCCUUCGCAUCUGCCGGUGGAAGGGCUGCUGAUCAUCGUGCCUUCUUUGGCCGGCGUUGGUGAUAUUGACGUCUACGUUCCCCUCUUUGAGAAGAAUGUGGACUCCUUCAAGAGUGGCCUGUUUUCACUGGAUUAGGAGUGAACAUCAAAUGUCGUCGUUCUUAUCUCGAGAGAAAGACUCCGGUGACACUAUGUACUUGAUAAUGAUGUUCCUAGUUUCAUUUCUUAACCUUUUUUUUUCUUUUUCUUGUGUUUUUAAUAUAUCAUCACCUUCCAAUACUGCAAGCCAGCGGUUAGCCGGAUGACGUUUACAUUAGGGGCGUGUUUAUUUAAUCUGAUCCCGGAUAGGGAGAUCGGAAGUAAAACAAAUGACGGAUUUCUAUUUUAUAGAUUUCAAAUCCAUGAGAGCUGGAAUCCAUGAAUUAGAGACGGAACCACAGACUGCUUAAUUAUUGGGCUCAGCCAGACUAUCAACUUCAUACUUAGUUAUUGUUUCAAGUCAAACCAUCAACUUCAUACCCAGUUUGAUGUCUA